AUGUCGAAACCUUCUGGUUUCAAGUAUUCUAGAUGUAGCGAAAUAGCAUUUGGGUAUGACCUGGGUAAUGAUGACUAUAAGGUGUUGAGGGUUAUAGCUUUUUAUAACAGAGGUCAGCCUCUAAAGGAGUUUGAAGUGAAGGUAUAUAGUCUUAGGUCGCAUUCUUGGAGAAAGAUUGAAGAUCAAUGGCCAAAAAAGGAAUGCACAAUAUCUUCUAAUUCGGUGUCGUUGAAUGGGGCGUUGCAUUGGUUAAUAGCUGAGGAUACUCCAUAUGAUACGUUUUUUCCGCUGGGUGCAGAGUGCCUUCUUGCUUUUGAUCUUGCCACCGAGAAAUUCCGAGUCUUUGAAACACCGGUUCAACAAGAAGUUGAGUUGGGGACAUGGCAUGACUAUAAUGAUGUUUGGUUGAUGAAAGAAUACGGGGAAGUGAGUUCUUGGACUCAGAUUUAUAAAAUUGAGCGAGAGAAGAAAAGGUGCGAGAGGGUUAAGAUUCAGAAUUUGCCCAAUUGGUUUAGGACAGCAACUUGUGUUGGGAGUCUUCUUCUGCUUGAUGGUGAUAAUGGGAUUGAUCCAGCAGAGCAGAAGAACAAGAGAAAGAGAUGCAUUAUGAAUGAAAGCCCAUCAGAGGUUCCUAAUCCUAACCUGUUAGGGAAAGCAGUAGAUGAAAAUGAAGAGCAAGAAGGAUAA